GGGGUUUGGGGGUUGAUAUAUUUUGGAAAGCCUUUGGAAAUCUCUUGUUCGUACGUUUUCGUUCAACUUGCAGCAAACAAAACGUUAUUUUAUACAGAUUAUAUUUCAACAAUACACACAUGCCUUCAGUUCAACAACCUGUCAUGUCAACCACUCAGCCCUCCAAAGUCGUUCCCAUUGAGACCCUCAUUCAAGAUGACCCCUACCUGGGUCCGUACAAGGGUGCUAUCCAGCACAGAUAUUCGCAGUACGCAUCCUGGGUUGAUAAGAUAAACGCGGAUGAAGGUGGGGUCGAUAAGUUCACUCGGGGAUGGGAGCGAUUGGGAUUUAAUGUGGACAAGGACGGGAUUGUGUACAGGGAAUGGGCACCUGGUGCAGAACAGGCGUUUCUUGUUGGAGAAUUCAACAACUGGGACAGGAACAGCCACCCUUUGAAGAAAAACGAGUUUGGGGUCUGGGAGAUUCGAUUGCCUAACAAGCCGAAUGGAGAGCUUGCAAUACCUCAUAAUACCAAAGUGAAGAUAUCAAUGACGAAACCCGGUGGAGAACGGAUCGAGCGGAUUCCUGCUCUGAUCCGCAGAGCUGUACAAGAUCUAAACUUGAGCCCAGCAUAUGAGGGCGUGUUUUGGCAUCCCAAACAAAAGUAUAUCUUCAAGAACAAACCUCCACCAAAGCCGACUGAAAUGAGAAUAUACGAGUCACAUGUCGGUAUUUCAUCACCCGAGCCGCGGGUUGCGAGCUACAAAGAUUUUCGUGAACAAACCUUACCCCGAAUUGCACGUCUGGGGUACAAUGUCAUUCAGUUGAUGGCGAUUAUGGAGCAUCCGUAUUAUGCCAGUUUCGGCUACCAGGUGACGAAUUUCUUUGCGCCCUCUAGUCGAUUCGGAACGCCUGAGGACUUGAUGGAACUCAUCGAUGCUGCCCAUGGCUUGGGGAUCACAGUGUUGCUGGAUGUCGUGCAUUCUCAUUCAUCCAAGAAUGUUUUGGAUGGAAUUAAUGAGUUUGAUGGGACAGACCACUGUUAUUUCCAUGAGGGGGCACGCGGACGCCAUGAACUUUGGGAUAGCCGGCUCUUUAACUACGGGCACCACGAGGUCCUUCGCUUCCUCCUUUCGAAUCUCCGAUACUGGAUCGUAGAAUAUGGGUUUGACGGCUUCCGCUUCGAUGGCGUGACGAGCAUGCUGUACCAUCACCAUGGUCUAGGAACGGCGUUUUCUGGAGGCUACGAUGAUUAUUUUGGAAAUGCUGUGGAUGUGGAGGCAAUUGUUUAUAUGAUGCUGGCAAACGACAUCAUGCACAAGCUGCAUCCGCAUAUUGUGACAAUUGCUGAAGAUGUGUCUGGUAUGCCAACCCUUUGUAGACCUGUUGCUGAAGGGGGUAUCGGGUUUGAUUACCGGCUGGCGAUGGCGAUUCCCGAUAUGUGGAUUAAGCUUCUGAAAGAGAAGAAGGACGAGGCAUGGGACAUGGGCAACAUCACUCAUACUUUGACCAAUCGCCGCUGGAAGGAACCGACCGUCGCGUACUGCGAGAGCCAUGAUCAGGCCCUUGUUGGGGACAAGACCAUUGCUUUCUGGCUAAUGGAUAAGGAGAUGUACACCAAUAUGUCAAACCUCACUCCAUUGACUCCAGUGAUUGACCGUGGAUUGGCGCUGCACAAAAUGAUCAGAUUAAUAACUUACGGACUGGGGGGUGAAGGCUAUCUUAAUUUUAUGGGCAAUGAGUUUGGACAUCCCGAGUGGUUGGAUUUCCCACGUGCGGGAAAUAACAGUAGCUUUCACUACGCGCGCCGUCAAUACAAUCUGAUUGAUGACCACCUUCUACGCUAUCAAUAUCUCAACAACUUCGACCAAGCGAUGCAUGCCCUGGAGAAACAAUCUCACUGGCUGCAAACCACCCAAUAUGUGUCUCUCAAGCACGAAGGCGACAAAGUGAUCGCAUUUGAACGCGGCAAUCUUCUCUGGAUCUUCAACUUCCAUCCUUCUCAGUCAUUUUCAGACUAUAGGGUUGGAACAAACUGGGCGGGUACAUACAGGGUCGUUCUUGAUACAGACUGGAAGGAAUUUGGCGGACAUGAAAGGGUGGACCGGAAGGGCAAGUAUUUUUCCACUCCUGAGGAGUGGGCUGGAAGGAAGAACUACAUUCAGGUUUAUAUCCCAAGUCGGACUGCUCUAGUUUUAGCUUACCAAUGAGAAACAGUAGCGCUAGAUCAUCCUUCGUUAGGAAAGCGUGAUUGCAAUUAGAGACCAGGCAUUCUGCCUUUGUUUGUGACUGUCCACAAAUCUCACUUGACAAUGUUAAGUGUUCGCAAAUGGAUUGUGCGAUUGAGGCCCAAGUUUAAGAUGAGGAUAUCAAGCUCGCAACUUUGCUUGAAAUCUGACUAUAUAUAAUAUUACUUAAAAAAACCAUUUGCUUUAAAAUCUGAAA